AUUCGUUUGAAGCCGCAUAAGAUUAAGGUAAGCGUUCUCCAAAUGGCACUAACCUUCCCUCUUUUACUCUGUAAAACAUCCAAAUUGCGCACCCCAUCAAGCUUUCUAGCUUCUUCUUCUUCUUCUUCUUCUGUUCAAUAUGCUCACAUAUUCUCACCGACAAGAAGCAGGCAAUUCAAUAGUUACAGUGAUGCAAAUGUUUAUACGAAAAGAAGAGGGAUUGUCUGCGGGCUACCCCUCCCAGUUGAUCCAUGGGUUCCAUCCAUUGAUUCCCAGAGCAUAGCUUCCCAACUAUUCGCCAUCUCUUUGCUGCCCUACAUUGGCUUCCUGUACUUCAUUACGAAAUCCAAGUCUUCGCCUAAGCUUACCCUCUUUGGAUUCUACUUUUUGCUUGCCUUCGUUGGCGCUACAAUACCAGCUGGAAUAUAUGCAAAGGUGCAUUAUGGGACUUCUUUGUCCAACGUGGAUUGGUUACACGGUGGCGCUGAGUCACUUCUCACUCUGACUAACUUGUUCAUUGUGUUGGGACUGAGAGAGGGCCUCCGCAAUGCAGAAAAUUCAGAAGCAAAUGAAGCUACUUCUGAUCCUGAGUUCGAGGAGGAGAAGAAAAGUCAUGUGUAUGUUUAAGUUUAAUAUUUGUAGCUACAAAUAUUUAUAAUUUUGUAUCAGAUGCUGCUCUCAAAUUUUUUACUGGCAUUUCUUUUCAUCCUUGAA